UCUUUCUGUCGCCCUGUCUUUCUGUCUGUCUCUGUCUCAGUGCACUUGAGGUGUCUAUAUUUUAGCAAAGACGAAUCUAGGCAACUCCAGCCCGAGUCUUAACUUAUUUCGGAGCAAACAGUAUACCGAGGGGGAGGGUGCCAGGUGGGAGCAGAGGACCCUGAGCUGUUUGCGCACAGCGACAGGCGGGGACGGCCGUGGAACCUGAGUUCCGCGUACUUACGGAGGCGACCCACGCCGCGAGGCCGCCGGGGCAGAGGCGGUGCCGGCCCGGUCCCCUGGGAAAGAUGAGCGGCCCGGGCGCCAGGUCCAGCCACUUGUCGCAGCCGGUGGUGAAGAGCGUGCUCGUGUACCGCAACGGGGACCCGUUCUUCGCGGGGCGCCGCGUGGUCAUCCACGAGAAGAAGGUGUCCAGCUUCGACGUGUUCCUGAAGGAGGUGACGGGCGGCGUCCAGGCGCCCUUUGGGGCCGUCAGGAACAUCUACACGCCGCGCACUGGCCACCGCAUCCGCAAGUUGGACCAGAUCGAGAGCGGCGGCAACUACGUGGCCGGGGGCCAGGAGGCCUUCAAGAAGCUCAAUUACUUGGACAUAGGAGAAAUGAAGAAAAGACCAAUGGAAGUUAUUAACACAGAGGUAAAACCAGUAUCACACAGCAGGAUCAAUGUGUCAGCGCGCUUUAGAAAACCGCUCCAGGAACCCUGCACAAUCUUCUUGAUUGCGAACGGAGACCUCAUAAGCCCCGCUUCCCGCCUCCUCAUCCCCAGGAAGGCCUUGAGUCAGUGGGAUCACGUACUACAAAUGGUCACGGAAAAAAUCACUCUCAGGAGUGGGGCUGUCCACAGACUUUAUACUUUAGAAGGAAAGCUUGUUGAGAACGGGGCGGAGUUGGAGAACGGACAAUUUUAUGUGGCUGUCGGCAGAGAUCGGUUUAAGAAAUUGCCUUACAGUGAGCUGCUUUUUGACAAGUCCACCAUGAGGAGGCCUUAUGGUCAGAAAGCCUCUUCACUGCCUCCUAUUGUAGGAUCCAGGAAGUCUAAAGGGAGCGGAAAUGAUCGCCAGUCUAAGUCAACAAUCAGAUCCAGCGACAACUCAUCUCCUCAGCCUCCGAAGAGGAAAGGGAAGAAAGACGACGGGAAUUCAGAAAAAGCCACCAAAGCGAAACAAAACGUAAAGUCGAAGAAUUCACAGCAAACAAUUCUUAACAGCGUAAUAGAUGAAGGCAUUUUCAAAGCUGGAGCAGAGAGGUCUGAGAUGCGGGGGGCAGCAGAAGUCCAGGAAGAUGAAGACACCCAGGUUGAGGUUCCAGUCGACCAGAGACCAGCAGAAAUAGUUGAUGAGGAAGAAGAUGGAGAGAAAGCAGACAUGGAUGCAGAGCAGAAAGAAGACCCUUUGAGGGUGAAUGGUGAAGCUGCGGAUGAAGGAGGCAGGGAUGCUCCUGAUACCCCUGAGCACAGCGAGGAGGCGGCCAGUCCUGCCCGUGUAAAUGGAGGAACUGAUGAAGAAAAUGGGGAGGAGCUAGGCCAGGUUAAAAAUGAGCUUCAGCCACCAGUGGAUGAGGAACAAAAGUCUCCAGGAGCUGGCAGUGGACAGGAUGAGGCUGAUUUAGACCCUCAAGGACCACCAAGACCAGAAGUAAAAAUCACAAGUCCUCAAGAAAAUGAAAACAAUGAACAAAAUAAGGACUACGCUGUUGUGGCAUAGAUGAUUUUUAAAAAGCUAGUAAAUGGAUAUAAGAAAAUGAAAGGCUGUAAUACUUGAACAAUAAGCGCAGUCAUUGCUGAACGUAACAUGACAACAGGAUUGAAUUCUACUUGUUGAAUUUACAAAUAGAAGCCUGAGGGAAAGACUAGAUAACUUUUAGCAGCUACUAAAGGAGAAUGACUUAUUUUUGUGGCAUGUAUUUUUGAAAGUUGAAGAAUUAAGUAAAAAGGACAGAGGAGGACUUGCCCUGGAAGACAAUUGGCCAUUUAUGCUUUUAAGCAUAAAAAAUAGGAUCAGUCCUAGUGCAUACUUUAUUAUAAAUUUAGAAGUAAGAUUAUUCAAUGGCAGUUCAUUGUAAAGCAUUUAUCUGAAAUAGCGUAGAAUUUUAAAGAAUUGGUGAUAGGCUAACAUGUAUUAUUUCCUUAAAGCAAUAAACUUGAAUGAACAAAUUGCAGCGGUUUAGCUUUAGAGAUAAUUUGGAGAUAGCAAUAGAUCGAAAUGUUUCCAUAACUUUGUCCACAUUCUUUUCCUCUUUUCUCUUUAGCCAAAAUCCACUUUACAUGAGCUAGCAAGACAAUGUAGUGUUCACGUUGGCUACAGGAAAUAUUUCUGCAGAGGACUAGUGAUUAACGUCAUGCCUUCCCUGAUGCGCUUUUACACUCUGCCUCGUGACUGCAAGAGGGCACACUCAGGAAGUGGGGAUGAAGGAACUCCUGGUCAUGUUACUGGCUGGAUGGUUUGCAAAUUCUAGAAAUCCUAUGGAUUUUCAUAGAUCCAGUCUACUUGUACCAAUAAUUUUAAAAAGAGAAGCCUAUGGGAAAGAAUAGAUAACUAUUCAACUAGAUAUCUUUUUCUUUUCCCUCAUGUUAUUGUAAUAGAAAAUUUGAUAUUAGUUAUUCCAGAGAUUGAAUUCUUGUUUUUUGUUUUUUUAAACAGAGAAAAGACAAUGUAAUAGGAAGGGGAAAAGGGCAGUAAGAGGAGUUUGUGACUGUCCAAUUUCACUUGCUUUUUGUUCUAUUUCUAUGAGGGCUAUCCUGUGAUAUUUUUGACUCUGGAGAUGUCAGCACACAUUUUCAUAGCUGAUUAUAUUUAGUCUUUCCAGCAGAUUCCUUCUUAUAUAAUUUAAAGCCAGAUGAUAGAAAUUGGUGAAAAAAAAUUAAAAAUUGGUGUAAUGAAACCAUUUCCUGAUUGCCACUUUGUAGACUGGUUAAUAAUUUACUUUUGCCUUGUGAGGUAUAUAUGGGAAAAAUGUAAUUGCAUUAGUUUGGUGAUUAUUAAUAGAUACUGUGUCUUUCUUGCUUGAAUACAGAAAUAAUAUAUUUUUCUCACAUUAAAGAAUAUAUUUUUAAUUAUGUAGAAGCUGUAUGAAAAUUUUAACUUUUAGUGCUUGUAUAAGACUAUUAAUCAUAAAUUUAAAGGACUUUUUCUCUUUCACAGCCAGCUUUUGAAAUCAGAAUAGUUGGUGGUUAUAUAAAGCACUUAACAAUACUAUAGAAAAUAGAUGUAUUUUUCCUAGCAGCUAUUUUAAUAUUUUACACAAAUAGGAAGUAUGAAUAGAGAUCAUAAUGUAACAGUAUUUGAAAGAGCGUAAUGAUUUAUUAAUCUAGGAAAUCAAUUGUAAAUGAGCAUUAUAUUUUUGGUGGAAAAUCUAGACUCUACUUUCUGCCAGCAGGCUUACAUUUUCAAGUGGACAAUAGGAAGUACUGUGUACAACAAGCAGCCAUCUUGUGUGGUGCAAGAAAUAGGCCAGCUGGGCUUUUAAUGUUAAAUUCCAGUGCUACUAUUAGUCUGUGGUCAGUGAUUUUGAAUAAUUUAUAAAAGUAAGUGGUUAACUAUAAGGAAUUUUAGCUGUCUCCAGGUGAUUCUUUUUUCUUUCUUUAAUGGAGAAUUUCUCACUCUUUCUCUUUUUUUCUUUCAUAAUUUUUCCUUUUUCCUUCUUGUUCUUUUCUUCAUUACAAUAUGAAUCUUAGGUUGUAAAGAGCUCCUGGUGAGUCACUUUAAUGAAGCACAACAUGGAUAUCAUACAGGAAAAUAAAGUUUGAAUUUGAUUAUACUUCAAGAAGUUUAUAGGUCACAAUAAUUACAUCAAAAAUUUUAAAUGGUGAUGUGUUCUUUUCUUUUUUGUACAUACCUGUUGAUGGAAAGAAAUUGUGACCUACCAUGAGGGAAAGAAAAACAAUUUACCAGUUUAACACAUCAGCAAAACUGUAAAUAAAUGACAUAGGUAAUCCAAGCAAGCAAGAAAUCAUGUACAGAGAAUUAAAAUUGUGGACAUCACUUUGGAGAUGACUUUAACAUAAAUGAUGAAAGCCAGUUCAUCCCCCAGUGUGGUAGUUCUCUCUGUGGGAUGGCGGUCUCUAUGGCAGGCUAGCUGACAGAUUUGGGAACGAUUUAUAUGAGCUAAUGGAAGAGAUCUUGGUUAGACUUCAUGUACUGUUUUGUAUAGAGAAGGUGCUAUGUACAACUUAUGUCGCUUUCACGUAAUAACCAAAUAUAAUGCUUUGAGACAUUAGUUUUUGUGAUGCUGUACAUGUAGGUUUCCUAGUUUUAAUUUUGUGUAACUACUUUAUUAAAUUUAUUUGGAUUUUUAAGGCACUUGUAAUCAACUGAUUUGUUAGCAGAAUUGGAACAUUAGGAGUUUUGCAGAGCAAAUAAAAGACUAUAACUAAAGUCAUUUUUAGGCUGCAAAUAUUUCAUUUCAGUUUGCUGGCUUAGCUUCUGUGAAAAUAGCUAUCGAAUGCCCAUUGACUUCUGGGUAUACAGUAUAGUACUAUGACCAAGGAAAACUUUUACACAUUGUUUUUCUCUGUGUUCAUAGAAUGAUUUUUCAUUUAAGAUUUUUUCCUUAGAACUUUUUGGGACUAUGAUAAAGCCAGGCUCAUAGGUAAGAUAUGAUCUUUCCCUACCUCUUGCUUUAUUCUGAAGGUGAUUAGUCUUGCCAUAGUGGAUAAAGGUAAGACAUUCCUUAUACAUGGCUCAGAUCAGUCAGGUGUCAGUCAGUUGGGAAGCUGGAUCAAUUAACAUGGAGUUAUUAAUGCUAACACUUGCAGUGUAUAAUUCAUCAACUAGCAUCUCACAGUUUUCAUUGGACGACCUGCUUAUAUACAAAGGAUGAGAUCAUUCACUUAGAAAAAUAACUUGAGUAUUUGAAAUUGAGGCUGCACAACAACAGGAAGGCUCUCUUUUUCUAUUAAACAACUCCCCUGAAGAAUUAGUUUCACAUUUUGUUUGCUCAACAGGUAGCAAAACCAAAGUUAAAUAUGUAGAUUAAUUGCUCAACAGAAAGCAUCACAUCUGAGCCAUUGCCAAGCUGAACGGAAAUACAGUACAUAGAUGAAUAUCCAGUACUUACAUGGAUGUACUCAGGCACUUUAAACAUUAAAAAGGCCUCUUUAGACACAGCGUUAUUAAUAGAAUACAGCUCUUUGGGUUGAAGCUGAAAGAAGCAAUGUAUAAAAACAUGCGGCAAAAUGCUAAGAAAUGACAUGUGUUAUGGUGCUUUAAAUAUUGGUUCUAGAAGACCUUAAGAGAUGUAAUUAUUUUUCUCAAAAUAAGAAAGUUAUCAGCAUUUUAGUGAGGAAAUGCAUUUUAGGGAGGAAUGUUAGAACACUUUUAAAGUCUCAUUAAAAAUUAGACAUACCUACCUUGUUUGAGGUGAUUUCAGAGCAAUUUCUGGCAUCUACAGUACUGCACACUUUAGAUGCAGAAUAUUUCAUACCAACACAGGUCCUGUCAAAAGGUUAAUCACUUGGUGAAUGUGAGUGGGCAGAAUUUUCUUGAAUAUACCUGGGACUCCUCUUGGUCCUAGGUAGCCACAAAUAGAUUGAGUUGAGCCAUUUUUUUAUAUAACAGUGCAGGAGCAUUUUACCUUUCUUGUAUGAACGCAGUGUCUUGGAUUGGGAUCAUUUUUUUAAAGUUAGCUUGAUUUUCAAAGGCAAUGAGCGCAUGCAGUUCUUUGUUAUUGAAUAGAGUUUUUACAAAUACUGAAGAUUUUUGCUUUAAAAAUUCUUUGUGUGGAUGGGUCUGCAGUUUAUUCUUCCCACAUGAAACUUUUAUAGUUCUUCUUGUGAAGUUUGAGUGACAGAUGGAGAAUGAAAGAGGGUCCCUAUGUGUUGAUGAGGAAAAAAUAAUAUUGCUUUUGAUGAGGCAUAACAUCUGGAGGAGAAGGGGGAUUAGGAAAGAAUUAAAAAAUGUCUGGAUAACAAUAAAGAAUUUAUGAAAUCAGGAGGUAACUAAUGGAACUCCAUUGACUUAAACCAACAGUGAUUUAGCUUUAAUCUGUGAAUGGGACUAAAUGAAUUCUCUGCAGUUUCAUCAGUUGGAACCAUACAGAUUAAUUGAGUGUUUCAGUUAUUGCUACAAAUGUAAUGACCUAUGGGGAAAGGGAGGGACUGUAGUUGAUUUUAGAAGUCUGGAGAAAGCCUAUUUUGUUGUUCUGCUUCAUUGUUUGCCUUGUGUCUUAAAUCUUCAAUAUGUGCAGUAAUACUGUGUGAUUAUUGAUGUUAUAAGUGAAGAUUAAGUUGAGCUCAUUGUUUUUAUAUGAUUUGUUAUGUUUAGAAUGUCUGCUCAUAAAGAAAAUUGUGUUUUUAGCAAAUUAUGAGCAUUUAGGUUUUACUUCUGUAUUAGUGCAUACUCUAAAAUGCCAAAGUUUACUGUAUCUUGUGAGUAAAUAGAUCUGCAUUUUGUGUAAUUAAAUUGUACUUGGAUGGUUUAUGGUUUGCUUAUGAUGCUGUGUUGCUAAUAUUUCACGUAUUCAUACUUUUUAUGGCACUUCUCAUGGACACAGUAGAAACACUUGACUUAUACAGAAAUUUAGUGAAAGAUACUUCUGUUUCUAUUUAGCAGAAAUUAAGCUUCAUUAUGCAUUUUUUAGUUUUAUGUGCAUGUUGUUUCUUUGAUAAAGUGCAGGUAUAUUUAAACAUUAUUUUCUUUUAUGAAAUAUUCUCAUAGAAGCACAGGUCAAACUUUUUAAAAUAAAUAAAGGUAUCUUUAAAAACAAACACUAGAUCAUGUAUCCAUUACACUCAUUUUGUAUACAUACAUCCCUGGGAAUAAAUUCAAAAUUUUACAAAG